CCUAAGUUGUAAAGAUUCUGAUUGAGUUUAUCAUCUCCCUUCGAUCUCGAGACUUUAACUCAAGAAGCAAAAGGAAAAAGAAAAGAAGAAGAGGAAGACAUGUAUACGGUGAGUUUCAUGUACGUGUGGGGUUUAGUGAUGGUCUCAUUGUGUUACACUUUUUAUGUUGGCAAAUUGGUUGGAAGAGGAAUCAUGCGGCAGAUUUUGAUCUUCCCAGUCUUGCUCAUUUUCCUCAUAGUUCCUCUAUUAGUGUCUUCCAUACAUUUAAUAUGCAUCACAUCGUUCUUCAUCGCCUGGCUCGCAAAUUUCAAAAUCAUUCUCUUUACUUUAGGACGGGGUCCUCUCUAUUCACUCUCUCUCCCUGUCUUCUUAGCCGUUGCGAGCUUGCCCAUCAAGAUUCAGCUGAUCCCUAAACCACAUGAAUCGAGAGAGGGUACUCUCUUGAAUUAUGCCAAAAAGUUUGCAACUUUGGUUCUCAUCAUAAAAGUCAUCGAGUACAGCAGCAAACUGCCCGACAAAGCCGUGUUUACACUCUAUCUGAUGAUCCAAAACUACUUCAGUCUCAAGGUCAUCCUAUCAACUGUAUCUGUUGUGGUUAGAGCCACGUCUAAUCUUGAGCUUGAACCACAACUCGACGAGCCACACUUGGCGACAUCACUUCAAAAUUUUUGGGGGAGACGAUGGAACCUGAUGGUUACUGGAAUCUUACGGCCAACUGUGUACGAACCGACGAUGGAGCUGUUGUCAGGCUUGGGUCGGAACCGGUCCAGGUAUCUUGCUGUCUUCAUCACAUUCGCUGUCUCAGGGUUAAUGCACGUGCUCAUCUUCUUCUACAUUGGACGGUUAAGGCCAGAUUGGAAGAUAAUGUGGUUCUUUCUUAUAAACGGAUUUUGCACAUCGGUGGAGAUCGCUAUCAAGAAAAACGUUAAGGGAAGAUUCCCUACAACAAUAAGUCGGGUUUUGACAAUGGGGUUUGUGGUGGUGACAAGUUGGUGGCUCUUCUUCCCGGAGUUUAAGCGAUGCAAUUUGCCUCAGAGGGUUUUUCAAGAGUACGUAUCCAUAGGCGCAUUUGCAGCUCGGGUCAAGAAUACAAUCACCGCAUCUCUUCUUUCUGCUUACCACACUAUGUGAACAAAUCUUGAGUUUUUUUUUUUAUUUGGUUCUUCCAAGUACAAUAAUUGAUUGCACCAAACAUAUCAAUACUAUUAAAAUGGAAGGAAUCUAAAAAAAUCUAUCUAUAAAAGUUGUUUGGACCCUUUCAUUUAAUUCAUUAUUUUUUUAUCUUACCUUAGAUUUAUACUAACAAUAUGUUACCAUAUAUUUCUCUAACAAUAAUUUAGUCAAUUCUUUUAUUUAUUUAAAUCUCACUCCUAAAUCCUAAUCAUUACUAUUACUAUAUUUAUUAUUUUGAUUUUUAAUCGUAAAAGCAUUGAAACUAAUGUUUUAUAUUAUCACUUUUAUCAUAUAAUAUAUGAUUUAAAGUAAGAUAAAUUAUAAGACGUAUAUUUGUACAUUCUAACUUCCUCUUUCGUUUAUAAUAAAGUAAUCAUAUCAUAUAUAAACUUUUCCACUAAAAUCUCAUAUCAUAUACUAAACUUUCAACCGUCUAUAGUUUGAUAAUAUUUUCAUAUUUAAAAAUGAGUUUUCUGAAUAUUCAUGUUACCUUCACAAAAAUGAAGAAAUUCAUUGGUUCUAUUAAAGCUAACCCGACUUCACGAUAUCAUAAUUGAUUAUUCAAGAUUUUGAAAAUUAUUUGUUUAGAUAUUAUACUUUUAUAUACUCUUCACUUAAAACGAAUCAAUACUAUUAAAAGGGAAAGAGUUUUAAAAAAUCUAACAUAAAAAAGUUGUUGGAGUUAUGUAUAACUAUUUAUUAUUUUUCUGAUAAUACAUUAAUCAUUCUAAACAAACAAUAUUUUAAAUAUUUUUAACAGAUCUUAAUAUUAUUUCUUAUGAUACCUUUACUCAGAAAAAUAUUUCAUCAGCCAUAUUUUUGUACAAUAACGUUAAAAAUCUAUAUCAAAAGGUUGUUGGACCUGAUAUGGACGUAAUGGGUCCACAUCUGUUCGGGUAUUUAAGAUCCUAAAGAAUUCGAAAUAUAUAAAAAAUCUGAAAAAUAUCCGAAACACGAAAAGUAUUUGAAACUCCAAACAAAUACCAAAAAAAUUCAAAUACCUAAAAAUU